AUGAGUGGAGAUAUUAAUAGUGCUCUUGUGCUGAAUACAAUAGUCCAUGUUAGCGGGAGGAGUUUGACAAUAAUUUUGCAGCUUGUAAAAGUAAAAGCUUUGCAGAAAUUGAAGAGUUCUUUUCAGUUGGAAUGGCGAUCCAUGUGUUCCACAACAGCAUCCAUGGAGUGGAAUUGGGUGAUGAAUAAGGAUGGAAUGCACAACCGCAAUGGGCUGGAAUGCAAUCAUGAAUGGAUUGCAGGAAUGGGGGAUGAGACAUCAAGUACGGUUAUUUAUGGUGUAUUAGAUGCUAAUAUCUAG